GAUCAUAUUUGAUUUUGAACGAAUCAAAAUGGAUGCUGGGUGUGAAUGAACUAUGUACUGAAAACGAACAGCUUUUAUUCAAUUGUGUCGUGGUCCCGAUUGAUAUCGGGAAUUCGGCGUUGUAAAAUUUUGUAAUUAUUUUAAUUGUGAGAAAAGUGCCAUUGGAAACGGGAUCGAUUGGUUUAUUAGGCUUGAUGCAAUUCAGUAGUCACCGUGUCGGUAAUGUGUUUAUGCGAUAGUUUUGGUCUGGCUUUGAUCUGCAGGUGGCCUUAGGAUGAGGCCUCUGAUGAAAAUAUUGAAUGUCUAUCAGGAUCCACGAUUGUUUUACGAGCUACCGUUGUCCAUGCUCGGUACGACAUGGCGAGAGUGUACAGACUAAUGUGUUGGUCGUUUGCUGUAUGAGCGGUCAGAAAUGAAAUGCAUAUACAGGAAGGAACAAACACAACUCUGACAACAUGUUCCAAAAUGACAGAAGAAGUAGACAGAAGACAUGGCGUAAAUGGUAACAGUAGUGGCAAGGGUGUAAGUGAGGAUGCUGCUGUGCACAAUUCUGCUUUCACUGCAACUGGUGGGCGGCUCAAAUUCUUCAAAGAUGGCAAAUUUAUCCUGGAGCUGGUCCGGGGAUGCGCUCGAGAAGGCGAACGCGUGGGGUGGGUGUCGGUGCCACGCAAGACAUUCUGGCCGCCAGCUGCCGCGCCGCCCACGCCGCCCGCCGGCACGCACGCGCCCUCCGCCUCGCUCAGCGUCUCUGACGAUAACAGUUCCGUGCAGUCCUCGCCCUGGCAGCGCGAUCACUGCUGGAAGCAAACCGCUCCGCGCAAAAAUGUUUCCAAAGAAUUGGCCAUGUACUAUUGCAGGCCUACCACGCUGCAUAAUGCUGCCAUCGAUGCAUUUAGCCGCGUUAAAAGAAGGAGACCCUACGACACGAGUCACCUGGAUGCACUAGUCAAUGGUAGCAGCUCUAGGAAGAAUUUGACCAAUGGAGUGUGCAGCAAAAAAAGAAACGGCGACGUCGAUUCGCCGGAAGCGAGAAGUAAAAGCGAGGACACUAUUGACGGUGUCGCAUCGAAACCUCGCACGACUUCAGACGACGAUAGGUGGACAGAUUUCGACCGAGAGAAAUAUUAUCAUAUGAAACUGAAAAAACCAUAUCAGUAUCGUAAAUUAAGGGUGUACAAGAAGACUAGACCGCUCAUAAGACGGAAAGUGCUCAUGCGAACAGUUGACAAGCUACGUGAGAAGAUCGCUUCGCUUCCCGCGCCGAUCAACGCUAAGCUAGCGAACUGCCGACAAGAGCACAUGAUGGUCUCCCCAAGAAAACGAAUUUUGAGAGAACUGGAGAGAGUUAGUCUGGAAGACCAGGGAACGAAGCGGCGAGCGAAGACCGUGCCUGCACUGAGUACUGCAUCGUAUCCUCCGUCGCCGGGCCCGAGUCACACGCAGCACAAGCCACCGGCAGAAACGCCGGUUCGCUCGCAUAACGGUAGCAUGUCGCGCCGCGAAACCCCCGUCUCGAAGAACGUCAGUAGUUACAGUAUACACUCGCUGCUCAGCAUGCCUGACGAGAGCCCGACGCGGCGGUCGCCCGAAGCGAAGCGGUCGCCUCAUUCGUACCCGGCUUCGCUGAAGACGGAGUCCCCGUCGAGUAUUAACUCGCCGGACUUGAGCCCGAGUCCGGACAAUUACCGGUAUCGGCAUUCGGCCCUGGUCGGAUCUCCAGGCCAGGGGCCGAUGAGCCGCGACUCUCCAACUCCACCGUCGGCAGAGCUGGCGCGGUACCGGGCGCCGUACGCCGGGCCGACGUCCCCAUACAGCGGCGCGGCGGGCACGAGUGCGGGCUCGCGACCGUGGGGCGCUGCGGGCCCGUACCGCGGACCGAGUGGGCCAGGCGGGCGUGACGAAUGGCGCGAUAUGGGCUACGUGUACCCGUACGGGUACGUGUCCUCGCUGUACCGGCCGCUGUGGGUGCACUACCCGAUGUCGCCGGCCGUGCCGCCGGGCCCCUGGGCGCCGCAGCCGCACCCGUUGCUCACUAACCACAUACCGAAGGAGGAGCCCACUUCAGAUUUGCCACUGAACCUGUCGAAGCAUUGAGCAAGUGGUUGGCAAUGGCGCAAAUCUGACACGUGAGACUGAGCACACAAACAAAAAUUGUUCUUUAUAAAUGAAUUCGACCUUUUUUGCUGGGAAAGCAAGUGAGACUCCAUACAGAAGCUUGUAGCUCGAGGGGCGAUCAAAGACUUAGAGUUAUGCAAUAUAAAAUUUGCAAUAUAAAAUAUUUAAUUUUAAAUGUAUACAUACCUAAUUUUGAAGAACAAGUUCGAACAGUAAACUUGUGGUGUCCUCUAAAAUGUCCUAUUAACAUUCCAAUGUCACUGAACGAUUGGCGCGUGUAGAAGUCCAAAAAUUACAUCCCACCUAACCCAUUGUAUUUAUCGUACUGAUGCGACUUGUAUGUACUAUAUGACAAAUGUCUUUUUUGCAAUCAUUGCAAAAAUAUUUUUGUAUAAAUCGUGAUUUUCGGACAACUGUUCGUCCGACAAUCUAUUUACAAAUUAAUGUAUAUUACACUGAGAAGUUAUAUUUUAGUAUAGAUGUAUGUAUGCAGAGUCUUGUGUGUAUUUUCAUACGACAUAUUUGUACUACUGAAAUAUUUUAAUAUUGGCUAUUACUUUAGGAUAAGAAAUUAAAGACGAUCUAAAUACAAAAAAAAAAAAAUCAGUUAUCAAUUGUUAACGAUCAGUGCCUUGAGAGAAAUAAAGAUAUUAUGAACAUAUUUAUGAACUAAAAAAUAAUCAUAAAAGGAAUACCUGGGUUCGUCCAAAUUUACUAAAAUAGUACAUAACUUGUAUUACUAGUGAGUGUUCUACUCUUUACGCAAUAUAUUAUAUUUAUACAUAUAAUAUUGAACCUGUUCCUUACUCAUUUGCAAAAUUCCAUAAUGUUUAUGUUCGAUCUCAUUAUUUAAUUUAGAAAAUAAAACGAGAUAAAGACUACAGUUUUGGGAUCAAAUUUGGAUGUGUGUUUAUGUAACAUGUAUAUUAAAAUAAGAGACAUUGUAUAUAAUUUGUGAAUGGUGUAUUAUUGAUGGAGGUGUGGCGUAGAUUUUAUCAGAGCAAUUAAUCGCUUACGAUAUAUCAGUAAGAAUUUAUUACCUUCAAAUAAUAGUUAUUGUAAUUGUACAGUAUUUUUGUAAUGAGUAUUUUACGAAAUAGGAAGACGGACGGUGACAUAUAGUAGGUAUUUGAAGCCAAUGCGCAUUGUCAAGUGCUCUAGAUAACGUGUAUGGUCGCAGGCUAAGCGCGGGUCGCGUCGUCGCAUCGCGUCGCAUCGUACGACGUCGCACACGCGGCUCAUCGCUUUGAGAUUAAAUCAUAGAGGUAGUUUACUGCAAUUUAGUUGAAGUAUGGGGUUAUGUAUUAUAAGGAAAGUUAAACGAUGGUAAGGGACUGACUUCUGAUGUAAUAUUAUCAUUAAUGGAAUUGUAUAAAAUAGUCGAGUAAUCGGAGGCCUACUGUAACAAUCUGUCUGCCAACAAAGUUGAUAUAGUGUAAAGUAUAGCUGUAAUAGAUGAUGCUCAAUUUAAUUCUGAGUACAGUUAGAUAACAACAAUAUUCCAAUGUUGUAAUGUCUUCGGGAGAGAACCUUAUUUAUUAUUAUUUACAUUUUGCAAAUUAUUAUUUCCUUCAAGAAUAUGCAUUUCAUAGCAACACAUUUUUUGUUGUCAGUUAUAUGAAUUGCAUGAUCUUUAAGGUAAUUUUACUGUCAGAAAUCUUAUAAAUAAUCAAAAUUUAUCAAGAAUCUGAAUAGAUUUCAGAAAAUUAAAUUAUUAUAUUAUUAUUAGAAUAUAAAAAAUACCAAUGUAAAAAAAAUGCGAAGAAGAUUAUGAUAUACCUAAAGUUAUAAUUUUAUAUGAGCAGAAAAAAUCGUAAUUUCAAAUAUACUCUUUGGUUUUUCUAUGCUCAUCCUUUAAAUUGUGAACGGCGGAAAUAAUUUUGCAUUAGCUUAGCAACUUUAUUGUCAACGAGCAAUUUUAACCCUUUUUUGCAAUAAUGGUGGAAAUUUCCAUCAUAACAUUGAAUGCCUAAAAAUUAUAUCAAAGAACAAGUUCACUUUAAAUUGAUCGUGUCUGUAUACCUUUUUAAUGUCCAUUGCAGAAAAAAACAGCUGUUAAAUUUAUUUUUAAACCAUUUUUCCUUUAAUUUUGAACAUGAAUUAUAUCACUUUGAAUUAUUUCACCAAUACAAAAAAAAAUCAUGCAAAGAAGGGUUAAGUGUCGAACGAACAAGAGUUCAAGUAUCAGAUAGCCUUGCACACCUAUCCAUUCAAGAAAUAAUUGCCGUGAAUAAAUUUAUAUAUCGAUUUACUAGAUAUAUUAUUGAUUGAUGAACGAAGUUUUAUACAAAGACUCCUACAAAUCUUGGCUCGUUCGGCACGAAAUGUCCAUUUACCUUUACCAGAAAAUCGUGAAUUUAAAUAUUAUUCGGACUUCGAUAAAAUAAAAUAUAGUAGCAACAUUGGCGAUAUCUAUUCAGGUUCUCUCGCAAAAUUUAUCUCGGCUACUUAAAGUUUCUUUAUUUUUAUUAUAUUGGACAAAUAUAUGUUGUAUAGUCUUUAUGAUUCAGGAUUUGUUAUAUUUUAAUAAAAUUAUAAAUAAGUAUUAAGUGUAAAAUCGAAGCCCAUUACUUGUAUUAGGCUUUACUAGUUGCAUUAAUUGGAGAAGGCGUAUCAAAAUUGCAAAUCUCCAAUUUCGCUUUUUUUAGGUAAAGUCAAGUAUUCAUCAAAGCGAAGGUGUACAAAUGAUAAAAUCUUUCAUGGACAAAAGUAACACCUCACUCAGAAUUCUUACACACAGACAGAGAUAGAUGACGCAAAUUCCUCAAUUCAUAUAAAUGAAAGUAUUACUGCUAAAUUAUCUCAAUAAAAUUCUCUGUCAUUCCUGUCUUUAAAAAGUACAUUUUAUAAUUCUGUCUUUUAAACUCGUUUGGAUACCAGUUUUAUUUAUGAUCUCAGAGGGCCUACUAUGAAAUGUUUUCCGAAAUUUCGAGGCCGAACGAAACAAACAGAUGUUAAAAUUACAUAACACAUGCUGUUUAAAAAUAUUGAGAUAUCGUUCCUUUGGACUUUUAUGGCAUGAUUUAUGACGAACAAAACGUUAAGCUUCAUUUACUGGCUUGAUUUCGGUUUGAACAAAAAUACGAAAUUUUAAAUUUUAGUAUUUCAUUACAUGGUAGACCCUCUGAUUUAAAAGCCCGUUUGACUUCAACUAUGUACUUAUAAGGUCCAAACAUUGACACGUGAUGCACAUUUAUUUGCGACAUUUAUUUUGAUCUAUAUUUGUGCUCUCGUCUUUACUAAGGCGUUGACGCCUGACUUGCCUUUACGAUUCAAGUACAUUAUAGUGCCAUUGGAAUUUUUCUAUGUAUUUGUAUUAACUGUAGUGAGAUUGAGUAACGCAGAUUGCUUAAAAAACACCAUCUCGCAACAGUUAGACAAUACGUGUUUUAUAUGAAUAACGUUAUUUUAGGAAUAUACAACUCUGGUUCCUCUCAGCAACAACGUUGUUUUACUGUUGUUAAUAAAAAAUAUUUUUCUAUGCAAGCAAUUACCACACGUCGAAGCAUGUGAUAGAGCUUUUCGAUUAAAGUGAGACGCGAGGAUACAGUGUCUUAAAAUCAAUUUAAAACAUAUUUAUCACUCGGAAAAUAGUUAUUAUUCAAUUAUAAUAAGAUGUAGUUAUGUACUCGAAUAAAUAUAACUUUUUCAAAUAUA